UUGUGAGUCUGUUCCAGGAAAAAGAAACAAGAGCGGCCAAGCGUGUCUGAGGCGAUAGUCAAGAGAGAUUCGUUUCUCAGCAUCGCGACUCGCGGAGAACGAAGGAAGCGAAGAAAGCUGAACAAGUUGCGAGAGAAGAAGGAAAGCUAACGCUGCUUCUCCUCCAAUGGCAGAUAACAGUGGAACCAUUCCUCCGCCAUACGACCUCAAUGCCAAAUGGGAUGCUUGCCUUGAUCUCACCAUUCGCCGUUUUGUCUAUUCUUCAUUAAGCGGUGCAUUUGGUGGUCUCCUUUUUUUCAGGAGUCCAGUGACACGUUGGGCUUCAGUAGCUUUUGGUGCUGGAGUGGGAAUUGGAUCUGCAUACACAGAGUGUUCUCGUCUAUUUGAUGGAUCAUCAACAACAUCAGCAUCACCUAAGAUAUCAGCGACUCCUACACAGGAUGUGCAGGACUCUUGAAUAAUUGCUUUGAUGUUGGAUCCUCGUUUCCUAGCUGUUGAAACAGAAUUUUCUGGAGAUUGAUGGUGGUGGGUUUACCCCAAUUUGUAAUAUGUAGUUCUUUCAUGAUUUCAUAAAUGAAAACCUGACGUCAUACUCACAAGCAUACGUGAAAGGGGAUGUAAACAUUGUCAUUCACAAACCUUGAUUUUUUUUUUUCCCAAA